AUGCAGAUAUUGAAAGCAGAGAUUUCUAUUAUCCAGAAUGUUAUUUUGCAAAUUCUUGAUAAUUAUUCCUUAAAUGACUUACUAAAAAUAACCAAAGAAGAUUUGAAAGAAGUAGACAAAGAGUUAAUAGAACAAUUGUUUAAACUAAUUAAAGAAAAAGUUAGGAAGAAAUUUGCUUCUUCAGAAGAAGAUGAGGGUGCAUCACCUUAUGGUUACCCCACGACCCCUACUACUCCCAGCACACCUCAUUACUCAAACACCAGAUAUGAUGAAAUGUCUCCUCUGAUACAUCAUCUUCCUGGUGCAGUGCCUAAUGUUCACAAUUAUCAGAAAACUUAUGGAGGAGGCAGUGGUAUGCCACCAAUUAAUUUCUUGGGUAAUGCAGGAGGUGUUAAUAGCAAUCCACAACCUUCCUCUGCAUCAGGUGGAUCAAAUACCACUACAUCAUCAAAGACUGGUAACAAUAAUUCAGACUUGAAUCCUCAAGGCCAAUACAAAUCUUAUCAGGAUAAAACUUCUGCAUCAGGCCAACAACAGUCUUCGGGGGUUGGUCAAUCUGGUGCAAUACAGCAUCAACAACAAUCUAGCACUCCCAAUUAUUAUAGUCAACAACAAGCUCAACAAGUGUUUAAUAGUUAUCAAUAUCUACAAAACCAUCAAUACCACCCUCAUCAAGCACAUCAUCAAGGUGCCAGAAAUCGUAGUCAAUACUGGAAUCAAAAUUAA